AGCUCUGAUAAAGCAUUCCUGUUCAUUUUUGUUAAAUUUUUAUAGAGUUUUUAUGUUUUGUGUAACAAAAUGCUUUCUGUGUUCAGGGUUGACUGUAGUAAUAGUAAUGCAAAAACCUAUAUAAUAACCUAAAUAAUAACCUAUAUAAUAAUAAUGCAAAAAAAUAUAAACCUUGACAAAAAGUAGUCUUUGAGAAUGCCUAAAUAUACAUUAAAAUCCACAACCUAAUAAAAGUUAACAAUUAUGUCUAAAAAAAAAAAACUAGGAAAUUCAAAAACCUCUCCAUAGAGUCCUGUACAGGCAACAAAAAUAUAUUGAUCGUGAAGACCAUGAGUGCGACUCCCAAAUGAGGAGCACAUAAGGGUCAAUAGUUCCUUCAAGAACUCUAAGGGCUGUGCUUUUUUCAGUAUUCUUUGAUGGAUUAAAAAAAAAAAAAGUCCAACAUUUAUUUAAAAUAGAAAUCCUAUGUAACAAUAUACAAUACUGCUUAAAAUGUUGGGGUCAGUUAUUGUUUUAUUUUUUCUGAUUUUCUGUUUCUAUGAAACAUUUGCUCCCUAAAAAGUAAAAUAUAAAAUAUCCAUAUCUGCAAGACAGACUUUUCAAGGUAGGAGAUUAAAAAUGAUCUUCCAAAAGUUACUGCCAGAUUCUGGAAGAUAAAUUCUUCAAACAGUGGUACAAAAGGAUGUCAUGCUGGUCCUUCAAGAGUCACUUUCAAUCUGGAAGAACACUUUGUAUAUAAGGUCUACUUUGUAUUUUUGAUUGUAUUUAUUUGUGCUCUUACAGUGGUGUUUGUAUUUGUGUCUAAAGAUUUUUCACCUGGUUGACUAAAUGACUGGCUGAUUGAUCACUGCAUCAAAAAAAAAUAAAUAAAUAAAUAAAAGAAAGCAAAGUAUGGUCAAUGAGUGGAAUCCGGUCAAAUUCUUGUAGUGGGCUGUCUUAUCAAGUGGGAGAGUUCUGCACACUGAAACUUUGUAAAUGUUGAAUCCACUUGACACUCAGACAACACGUGAACGCGCUCACUGUGUGACGACGCCAUGUUCUCGUGCUGGUAGAAGGACCGUUAUGGCCUAUUCUCUUGCUUUUGGAUAUUCUUUGUUGAUCCUGUGCAGCUGAGUUAUCGUGAGAUGUGUGGAUUCGACAGAAUUUGUCCAGUCGUGAUUCGCCAGUCAUUAAGAUACGUUACAGUAAAAGAUGCCUGUGAUACUUCUGCACGGUACUGUAUAUGUGACCCUGGAGCACAAAAGCAGUCAUAGCACAGUGCCAUCAGCAAACAACAAACAAAUAACCCUGAUGGCUUUUUCAUCAUAGCCGGUGACUUCAACCACGCAAACUUAAAGACAGUUCUGCCAAAGUUUUAUCAACAUUUGAAGUUGGACUGACACCUGGACCACCAACACUACAUCACUUUCCUGUGCCGACUUAAAAGAGCAAGUCUCUCUCCACCCAUCCUCAGCACUUUCUACAGGGGCACCAUUGAGAGUGUGCUGACCAGCUGCAUCACUGUCUGGUACGGGAACUGCAGUGCUGCUGACCGCAAGACCCUCCAGCGGACAGUGAACACAGCUGCAAGGAUCAUCGGUGACAUUUUCCUCACACGAUGCUCCAGUAAAGCCACCAGUAUCAUGAAGGACUCCACACACCCCUCCCACAGUCUCUUCCAGCUCCUACCAUCAGGAAGACGGUACCGGAGCAUCAGAGCCCGCUCUGCCAGACUGCUCAACAGCUUUCUCCCCCAGGCUGUGAGAGCCCUGAACUCAAAUCACCCCGCCUCUCUCUGAAACUUCAUCCAUAACUCUACCUACUGAAACCAAGAUCCUCUUAACCCCCGCCACAUGUAAACCGUCGAAAACCUGAAAAACAUUGUGCAAUUCUGAGUGUGCUACACACAGGCAUUGUCAUCGGAGGUGGAAUCUGCAGCGAGAGCUCUCAUAGACGUUUUAGCCAGGGACCUGUCUCCAAGUCUGAACAGCACAACAGUAUCCAUCCCUUCAGUCAGGGCCCCUUCUCCUUUGCUUACGCCCUCAUCUGGUUCACAGACUAGGGUGAGGCAGGCACUAAGAAGGUAAUCAAAUCCCUGAUUUUAAACUGUUGUUAUCCUAACUGUAUUGAAAAAUGACAUGUCAUUGUGAAAUUUUACAAUAAGGUGCUUUUUUCUUUUUGUCUUUGUGAGUCUCAAAUUGUUCUCUUCCUUGAUGUGUGGUGAAAUAGGCCGUUCCCAGGUAUGUUCUCAUGAGUCUCAGAAUGAUCAGCCGAGGGGGGAAAGAUGUUUCAUGUCAACACCUGCAACCUGUGUGAAAACAACAGAUUUCACUCCAAAAGGCUCAGAAGACCUAUAGUUUGCACAUGCAGGCCUGGGUAAAAGACUUCUGAGUCGUCCAGACAACGUUCAACACCAGGGCCAGGAAUUCCCCCCUUACAUGGGUCGCAUUUAUUUAUCUACACUACAGGAGACUGAAACUGAUGUUACUAUAACUGAGGAGGAGGAUUGUUCAGAAACUGACCAGCCAACUGAGCAGUCCAGAGAGAGUGAAGAGAAAUCACAGGUAACACAAGAUACAUUAAUCUGCUUCUUAACCUCUUAAGACCCGAGAACACAGUUUUAGGAAAAAAAUAGUUUUUUCCAUGUCUUUACAUUGUUUAGAGCAUUAAAAUAAUGUAAUUAAAAAAAUAAAAUAAAAAUAAGAUAUUUAAUUCAUAAGUUAUGCUACUGUAUGUCCUCGGUGGAGGGCAUCGGGACUCAAUUUCUUAAAAAAAAACAAAAAGACAUGAAUAAACAUGCAUAGGCAAAAACAAUAGAUUUUUUAAAUCACCAAUACAUUUUUAGUUUUCAAGAUUUUUAUUUUUUAACCAAACUUUGUAUAAAGAUGAUUCUCAUUCGAUAUACCAUUUUUCUUUCUGCAAAAUGUGUGUAAAAUGGCCAUAAACGGGUUCUCAUUCUCAUUAUAUACAAUGUAUCUAUAAACUAAAUCUAAUUUGCAUAUUAAUGUGUUUUUGGGGCAACGUGUAAUGAAAAAAAGAAGUGUAAUAAUGGGAGUAAUAAUUGACAAGAUUUUCAUAAUAAUAUAUAAGAUUUCAUAGAAUAUUGAAAUAUAAUUUCUUUCCCUAUUCAUUCAUGUCUCCCAAAAUGCGUAAUAAACAUGCUUUUAAGAAGGUAAUCAAAUCCCUGAUUUUAAAUGUUGUUACCCUAACUGUAUUGAAAAAUGACAUGUCAUUGUGAAAUUUUAUAAUAAGGUGCUUUUUUCUUUUUGUCUUUCAUAAGUCUCACAUUGUUCUCUUCCUUGAUGUGUGGUGAAAUAGGCGGUACCCUGGUAUGUUCUCAUGAGUCUCAAAAUGAUCAGCCGAGGGGGGAAGGACGUUUCAUGUCAACACCUGCAACCUGUGUGAAAACAACAGAUUUUUUUUCAAAUCUUUAAUUUACCAUGUAUUUAUACAUACAAAUAUUCAGCUCAGACUAAUAAUGGAUCUCUGCCCUAAACAUACAUGUGUCUGCUGGCCUGGAGAGGUCUGUGCUCCUGUCUGAAGUGCAUGUAUAGGUUAUCUGUAGCACAUACGGGUUCAGACAGCAAGCCUCAAACCCUGGGAGCAGACUCAGACAUGGUUUUCAGAUGCGGAAGUAACAUUCUCUCACAAAAACGGCUCCAGAAGCCUUAAUAGCGUAUUUUAAAGUAUAUUUUAAAGAACAUCUAGUUCCUACAUUAUUUUUCUAUACAUCGACUCACUGGGGUCUCUAACCUACAAUAUGCCCUUUAAAUGCGCCUCGAAUGUUCGCGCCCAUCAAACACGUGAAAGUUUACACAAAUAUUGUUUAAGUGGAUAGUAGGCAUAAACUGAAUGAGAAUAUAGGAUCUAUAAUAUAAUAUAACAUAAUAUACAGUAAUAUAAUAAUAGCUUUAAAAAUGGUAAACGUAGUGUAGAAACAAAAUGCAUUGCAAAAACACAUUGAUUAAAAAUCAUAUGAGGCAUGACUAUAAUUUCACAAAUAGCCUAUGUUAACACACACACAUUUUCAAAAUAUAUUUAACAGUGCUUCACAUAUAUGUGAAUAUAUUACCUUUCCAUAUGGGUAGUUAUCCUCAUCAUAUUUCAUAUUCUCAUAUUUGAGAAGCUACAAGAGUAGACUGUGAAAGAUACAUGUUAGCGAUGCGGAGAUCAUGGACACAUAUCCCUGGACACUGAGGAUAAUUCACGGGUCAGACGGGACAAAUCAUACAAAAUAACAUACUGAUUAACUGCAGAAGGGUUGAGAGUGCAUGAGACAAAUCAUUAAUGAUGGAAAUAUUAACAUGUUUAAAACUUAAUUAUUCACUAUUCACGGGUUUAAUUAACAGGACAUAAUUUAUUUUUAUUUUUUUGAUUUGUUGUGAUGUUUCCUCGGCUCGUCCAGUAGGUGGCGGUAAUGCACCUUAAGCUGGUGUGCCAACCGCCAUAAAACAUCAAAGAAGAAGAAGCAGAAGAGAGAAAGAGCACCAGCAGCUGUGCAGAAGCUCUGUAAAAUAAUAAUAAAUGACAGAACAGCUGAAAGAGUGAAGACGAGACUCGAGGAGAAGAGGAGCAGCGAGUUAACUUACCUGUUUGAAUAUUGAGUUCUUGCCUUGACCCGAUGGAAGAGAACAAGGUGAAGGAAGAACUAAUGGAAGCAGGAAAGAAACAUCAUGACACUUGCCCUCAGUGUGGAAAGAGUUUCUCAUGUGAACAAAGUCUUAAUCUUCACAUAAAAGUUCAUGCGGAAAUGAAGCCGUACGAAUGUGACUGGUGCAAUAAGAUUUUCACACUAAAAGGAAACUUUAAUAAACACAUGAAAAUCCACACUGAAGAGAAGCCACACACAUGUGAUCAGUGCGGGAAGAAGUUCAGACUUAAAGGAAACCUUAAUACACACGUGAGAAUCCACACUGGAGCGAUGCCACACACAUGUGAUCAGUGCGGGAGGAAAUUCAGACAUAAAGGAAACCUUAAUACACACAUGAGAAUCCACACUGGAAAGAAACCCUUCACGUGUGAUCAGUGCGGGAAGAGUUACAGACAUAAAGGAAAUUAUAAUGAUCACAUGAAAAUCCACACUGGAGAGAAGCCACACACAUGUGAUCAGUGCGGAAGAGAUUUAUACAAAAAGAACACCUUAAGAUACACAGGAAAGCCCACACUGGAGAGAAACCCUUCACAUGUGAACAGUGCGGGAAGAAGUUCACACUAAAAGGAUCUCUUUAUGAACACAUGAAAAUCCACACUGGAAAGAAACCCUUCACAUGCGAUCAGUGCGGGAAGAAUUUCAGACAGAAAGGAAACUAUAAUGAUCACAUGAAAAUCCACACUGGAGAGAAGCGGUACACAUGUGAACAGUGUGAUAAGAGUUUCAUACAAAAAGGACAGCUUAAUGAACACAAGAAAAUCCACACUGGAGAGAAGCCCUUCACCUGUGAACAGUGCGGGAAGAGUUUCAGAAAGUCAAGUGUUUUCAAAGUACAUCUGCUCACUCAUUCUAGAGAAAGACUAUAUAACUGUGACCAGUGCAGUAAAACAUUUUUUAGGGCAGAUUUCCUGAAGGACCACCUGACGGUUCAUACACAGGAGAGGCCUUACGUAUGUUCUUUGUGUGCAAAGAGUUUUAGACAGAUGGGUACUUUAAAAACACAUCUGAAAAGACACAGCGGCGUGAAGGAUCAUAUUUGCUCUGAGUGUGGAAAGACUUUUUUUACAGUUUAUGCACUGAAACAGCACCAGACGGUUCACACCGGAGAAAAACCUUACCAGUGUUCACACUCUGACAAGACAUUCACAUGGCCAGAAUAUCUGAAAAUACAUGAGAGUAUCUACACUGAAGAGAAGCCACACACAUGUGAUCAGUGUGGGAAGAAGUUCAGACUUAAAGGAUCUCUUUAUGAACACAUGAAAAUCCACACUGGAGCGAUGCCGUACUCAUGUGAUCAGUGCGGGAGGAAAUUCAGACAUAAAGGAAACCUCAAUACACACAUGAGAAUCCACACUGGAACGAAACCCUUCACAUGUGAUCAGUGUGGGAAGAGUUACAGAUAUAAAGGAAAUUAUAAUGAUCACAUGAAAAUCCACACUGGAGAGAAGCCACACACAUGUGAUCGGUGCGGAGGAGUUUUAUACAAAAAGAACGCCUUAAAAAACACAUGAGAAUCCACACUGGAGAGAAGCCACACACGUGAACAGUGCGGGAAGGGUUUCAUAAAAACGCCUUAAACACAUGAAAAUACACUGAAGAGAAGCUGUACACGUGAUAAGUGUGGUAAGAAUUUCAGAAAGUCAUGGGUUUUAAAAGAACAUCUGCGUACACGUUCUGGAGAAAGGCUAUAUAACUAUGACCAAUGCAGUAAAAAAUAUUUUAGGCAAGAUUCCCUGAAGGACCACCUGAACGUGCAUACACAGGAGAGGCCUUAUGUAUGUUCUUGUUGUUCAAAGAGUUUGAGACAGAUUGGUAAUUUAAAAACACAUUUGUAAAGACAGCGGUGUGAAGGAUCAUAUUUGUUCUGAGUGCGGAAAGGCUUUUUUAAUUUUAUUUAUUCUUUUUUUUUUUAGAGAGAGAGAUUUUGAACUGAAAAUGCACCAGACGGUUCAUACUGAGGAAAAACCUUACAAGUGUUCACACUGUGACGAGAUUCAAACGGCCAGAAUAUCUGAAAAUACAUGAGAUGAUCCACACUGGAGAGAAGAGAUAUCACUGCCUUUCAUGUGCGAAGAGGUUCACUCAUUUAUCUAAUUUAAUCGUUCACAGGGAAAGUGUGUCUGAAGUCACAGUAAGUAGUUCAUGUUCAGAUCUUGUACUUUCAGAUGCGAUGUUGCGUCCUCACUGAACAAGAUCCAAUACCAUGUCAAGCAAUAAAAGUUAUCUUCCAUAUACAGAAAAUGAGAAAAAAUAAACAUCAUCCGAAGAUUUCAAGGUGAAGUGAGUUUUAAUCAUUGAUUAAACUUGUUAAACUUUUAUUGUGUGCCGAAUCUACAAAGGGAUGUGGUCAUGAAAAAAACGAGAAAGUGGAAAAACUAUAUUAGUUUUGCUCAUUAAUUGCUAUACUACACUAGUUUAGUUAAACAAGUGUUGUGUUUCCCUAAGAAACUUUUGUGAGCUAAACCAUAAGCAUUCAAAUGUAAUUUUCCUUCCCACCUCAUAUAUUUUCCAUUAUCAUGUCCUUUUUGAGGGUUGCUUAUUCUACUUGUAUUAAAAAGUAGCAUAGUAUCAUUUAAUAAUAAUUGGUAAUAUCUAAAAGUCAUGAAGUAUCUGUUUGAUUUUGGGGCUUACCAUGUUUAAAUUUCUUGAUAGAGCUAGCUAAUAAAAAUAUUUCUCCCCACACGACCAAGUUUGAGAUGGAUAAUUAACUGUUUUACCUUUGAUAUCAAGUAUUGUAUAACAAUCCAAAAUUAACUUCUAAAUUUGAUUUGGUGAGUUGAUUUGCAUCAUUAAUCUUGCAUGAUGUAAUGCAGUGUGUGUGUGUGUGUAUAUAUGAGACAUGAUUGUAUGUUGGGAUAUACAGGUGCAUCUAAAAGAAUUCGAAUAUCAUGAAAAAGUUACUUUUUUGGUAACUUAUUUCAAAAAGUGAAACUUUCAUAUAUUCUAGAUUCAUUACAUGUAAAGUAAAACAUUUAAAAACUUUGCUUUAAUUUUGUUGAUUAGAGCUUACAGCUCAUGAAAAUCAAAAAUCCAGUAUCUCAAAACAUUAGAAUAUUUUCUAAGAUCAAUUAAAAAAAAAAAAAAGAUUUGCAAAACAGAAAAAUUUAACUACUUUAAAUGUUCAUUAAUGCACUCAAUACUUGCUCAUCACUGACUUCAGAAACUUCACACUGGACUUCAAGCAACAUGGAUUCUGUGCCUCUCCACUCUUCCUCCAGACUCCAGACCUUGAUUUCCAAAUGAAAUGCAAAAUGUACUUUUAUCUGAAAAGAGGACUUUGGACCACUGAGCAACAGUCCAGUUCUUUUUCUCCACAGCCCAGUUAAGAUGCUUCUGACGUUGUCUCUGGUUCAGAAGUGGCUUGGUAGCCCUUUUCCUGAAGACGUCUGAGCGUGGUGACUCUUGAAGCACUGACACCAGCUUCAGUUCUCUCCUUGUGAAGCUCUCACAAGUGUUUGAAUCGGCUUUGUUUGACAGUAUUCUCAAGCUUGAGGUCAUACCUGUUGCUUGUGCACCUUUACCUACCCAUUUUCUUCCUUCCAGUCAACUUUGCAUUUAAUAUGCUUUGAUACAGCACUCUGUAAACAGCCACACCUUUCAGUAAUGACCCUCUGUGACUUACCCUCUUUGUGGAGGUGUCAAUGAUUGUCUUUUGGACCAUUGCCACAGUAGUCUUCCCCAUUAUUGUGGUUUCAAAGAACAAGAGAUACCUGGAAUUUAUACUGUAUGGAUGGUCAUUAAUUGAAACUCAAAUGUACAGUAUUGUUCAAAAUAAUAGCAGUACAAUGUGACUAAACAGAAUAAUCAAGGUUUUUAGUAUAUUUUUUAUUGCUACGUGGCAAACAAGUUACCAGUAGGUGCAGUAGAUUCUCAGAAAACAAACAAGACCCAGCAUUCAUGAUAUGGACCCUCUUAAGGCUGUGCAAUUGGGCAAUUAGUUGAAUUAGUUGAAAGGGGUGUGUUCAAAAAAAUAGCAGUGUGGCAUUCAAUCACUGAGGUCAUCAAUUUUGUGAAGAAACAGGUGUGAAUCAGGUGGCCCCUAUUUAAGGAUGAAGCCAGCACUUGCUAAACAUGCAUUUGAAAGCCUGAGGAAAAUGGGUCGUUCAAGACAUUGUUCAGAAGAACAGCGUACUUUGAUUAAAAAGUUGAUUGGAGAGGGGAAAACCUCUCAGCUAAAAUGAUCUCCAAUGCCUUAAAAUGGAGAGCAAAACCAGAGAAACGUGGAAGAAAACGGAAGACAACCAUCAAAAUGGAUCGAAGAAUAACCAGAAUGGCAAAGGCUCAGCCAAUGAUCACCUCCAGGAUGACAGUCUGGAGUUACCUGUAAGUACUGUGACAGUUAGAAGACGUCUGUGUGAAGCUAAUCUAUUUUCAAGAAUCCCCCAUAAAGUCCCUCUGUUAAAAAAGGCAUGUGCAGAAGAGGUUACAAUUUGCCAAAGAACACAUCAACUGGCCUAAAGAGAAAUGGAGGAACAUUUUGUGGACUGAUGAGAGUAAAAUUGUUCUUUUUGGGUCCAAGGGCCACAGGCAGUUUGUGAGACGACCCCCAAACUCUGAAUUCAAGCCACAGUACACAGUGAAGACAGUGAAGCAUGGUGGUGCAAGCAUCACUACUUACUACCCUAGCAGAGAUGGCAGUGUUCAAGUAAGCCCGUCUUGCCAUCACAGUGACCGGAAUGUAACCACCCUCAGAUGGCUAUACUAAGGAGGACCCCAAACCAUGUUAGUCCCAAGGAAACAAUACACAGCUAGCCUAGAUAGCCUUCCUGCAGAGUUGCCCAGACCACAGAGUGUCUACUUGCCACCCUAGCAGGGGAGAGAGCAUUGUCUAGGCAAGGGCUCAAACAGACCGUUACUUAAAAACCCUAGGAAGGGGAGCAGUCACUGAGCUAGCACACAGAUAUCCUCAGAUAGCUAUGUACCUGGGAAGGGCUACCAGAAAGGGGACCGACUGAAACUACCCAGACCACAAAAAGUGGGUUGUCUACUUACGACCCAAAGAGGGGAGGUCUGGGUAAGGGCUCAAGAGACUGCUACUUAAAACCCUGAGCAGGGCAGCGAUCACUGAGCUAGCAUAUAGCUAUCCUCAGAUAGUUAGGUUCUAGGAAAGGGGCCCACUCCAUGAGAGGGCUCACCGCAAUUGCAGUAGAACACAGCUAACUACAGAUAGCUGUAUUCAAGUAAGCCCGUCCUGCCAAAAACAAUGGCUGGAAUUUAACCACCCUCAGAAGGCUAUAUUAAGGAGGUCCCCAAUCCGUGUCAGUCCCACAGUAGGCUAGCAAAGCACUGUGCUAUUGACCAAGAUCUUACAAGAGGGAGAUCCAGACCAUCAGUAAAUGAUUCGCUAAAGAGCGAACACAAACAUCAUAGUCCGAGAUCAAGCCUGAUGUAAGCAGUAGCCAUAGCACUAGUGGGCUGGACACCGCUAUCCUCCAGUAGCAGUUCCUUCAGAUAAGGCUGAAGAUUGCCCAGGCCAUGGAAGUGGGCCAUCUAUUUAAAACCUCCGAAGGGGAGACGGCACAGUCCAGGCAAGGGGCUCACAAAGACCACAAUCUAAAAGGGAAGCGGUCUCCGUGCUGGAACACAGCUAUCCUCGAAUAGCAGAUACCUAAACAAAGACUUCAGCACUUACUCGAGAACUUGUGCCAAGGGGAACCCAACCUAGUCAUUAGAAUCUAGGCUAGAACAUAGCUGCCCUCAGACCGCCAUAUUCCAGAGCAAAAAGAUAUUCUAGGUGCUGAAAACCUUGGGAGAGAAAACUUGCAAGCCUCUCUCCACAGAAUAUUUAAAUAUAUUCACAGCCAGCAAGACUUUCCACCCACAAUAACAUGCAUAUUAGAGAGGCACAGCCGAGCUGAAUAUAGCUCUGCCCACGAUCUUGCAGGAUCAGGGCUGAAACGACUCCGUGCUCACACUUAAUCGUCAUAACAACUCUACAAUAUCUGUGGCAUCUGACAACCCGUAUAGAGAGAGUAUGCGGAUGCCACAGAUCAAAACGAUGACCGCGAGGUGAGAUAAACUGUGCCGCAGCAAUGGCGGAACUGGGCUGCAAGACACAAGCGCUCUGUUCCGUAUCCCUCAGGUAUAGGAACAAACGCGAGCGGAGCCUAAACAUUGUGAAUGCACGUGCUCUUCGCCGAGACAAACGCGAAAUCAGAACAUGCCCUCAAGUGUUAGAAUCCAAACACAGAGGCACACAUUCCCUAAGGCGCUGCUCGACUCAAGCACUAUCCACAGGAUCCGAUAACCCAAAAAGGGCAUCUCAACCCCCGCAAAUCCUGCGAUCCGAGUCUCUGCCGUGCCUCAUCAAACACAUCCAAUGUUUUCAAGCCAAGCCAAGUUUCCUCAUAUAAAGGCAAAUGAGUGUUACAGUUGUAACACACAAUACAUAUAUUUGUCCAUACCUCUGCAUUUUCUCUCAAAUAGAGUUUUGUAUUUGCAAAUCACUUUGCAAAGAAAAACUCAACUUUCAAACAAACGCAAAGCAGAUUGUGUUUAUUUGCAAAACACUGGAUUUGUUUGAUGAAUAUUGGCACAAAAUUUGCUCCAUACUCACACGCACUUCAAACAGAUGGCUCCUGAAGACAGCAAAGAGGAUGACGUAUUCAGCAGGUGCCCUCUUACACUUCCGGGCACCCCGCCUAUGACGUCAUGGGCCAGGUGGGCCUAUAGAUUGACGUUGUUUCACACGUGUGAAACAUGCAGGCUGCAUUCCCCAAUGCGCAGCGUUGAGUUCCCUAGAAGGGGAACAAAAACACUAUAAAGUGUACUAAAACAUUUAUGGUAAACUACUAUUACUCAUAGGUGCUGCCUGAUGACGAUUAUGCUAUAUGUUUCCUGUGAAAUAAACACAUAAGGUCUUUAAGAUGUUCAUGAUUUAGGAUAUGUGUUUGAAAAAUGUUUGAUGUUUGUGCAUGAAGUGCUCAUGAAGCGUGUGCGGGUCUAUUCUAUCUGUUUGAAAUCCAUGGAUCACCGUUAUGUGUUAGUGCUGCUUGUUGAUGCACAAAAUAAGAGCUACAAAUCAAUAAAAAGACAGAUAAUUUAAUGUUAUAGAUUACACUUGAAUGAAAACAGCUGUUUUACAGAACAUGCGGUAUGUUUGCUGUGUUGUCACGUUUAUGUGGCUUUGACCAGCAGAUGUCGCUAGCCUGCCAUCACUCCUCCUAGUCUCUGCAUGCGUACAUUAAGUAAUAAUUGCAGAAUGUUUUUCAUUAUGACACAGUCAUUAUUUCAAGAAAGUUUCUCAGUGUUAUGAGAAACUAAGUGAUUAUUGUGAGAACGAUUGUCAUUAUUAUGUGAAAAGUUAUUAGGGGACACUGGGAAUUGUAACAUUUUUUACAUUUUCCUUCAUAACUCACAGACUACUUGAAAUACACUAGUCAUCUUUUGAUACAAAAAAUAUAGGUGCACUAAGUAAGGGAUAAUCAACAGCUAGCUGUGCAUUAAACGAUUUGAAUGCACGACGCGGAGGCGAAGAACCGCCCGACGCGGAGCGGAGUGCAUUCAGAUCGUUUAAUGCACAGCUAGCAGUUAAUUAUCCCGUUUAUGCCAUGGUCAUUUGCCAACAUUCACAUAUUAAAGAUGUUAAUAAUAUUUGCGCUGCAAUAUUUGACCGGAACGAUAAAAAUGAUGGUUAUUUUUGUCUGUAUUACUAUUUAACUUUAACUGUAUGUUAUUAUGGUUACCAAUGUUUAUAGGAAGCGCAUUAAUAUAGAACGUGAUUAAACUGACCUGGAACUAUCUGUGCGGUUCAACGAAUUUAAUCAACACCUGCCAGCCAAUCAGAAUCCAGUAUUCAGACAGACCAUGGCAUAAUUAAUAAUACAAUUUAUAUAUUUUCGUUAAUAAGGACAAGACUAUAAUAUUAAAUUAAAUGCAAGAUGUCAAGGGGGCAAUUGUAACCGUGUUUGGGGGAAAUAUUAACCGACUGUAUCUCAAAUAAAACCUCAAACUAAUCACUUUACUGAUGUAGUAUCUAAUAACAUUAAGAUUUUUUUUUGUAUAUGGUUCAAGUUCUUUUAGAUGUCAGGCAUUGUGCAUUCAAAAAGCAAAUAUCUUUCUAUUUUUGCAGAAGACAAGGCAACUAUUCUAGUGGGAACUCAAUUUUAAUUAUUUAAAUAUAUAUUUUACAUUUAUUUUAAUACACCCAUUUAAAAUGUAGUUUUACAUUUAAAUGUAGUGAAAUAUGUUCAUUUUCUAACAGAAAAGAAGCUUAUGUCAACACAGACGAACAAGGUGCUUACAUUGGGCCAUAUGGCAGUGUAGACAACUACAGUAUAAUAUGCAGAAUACUUUUUUCCAUAAAGACCUGUAUUCACUGAUUCUGAUGCUCUUUCAGGUGUAUAUCAUUUUGUAUUGUUCAACUGAGAGUUAUGAUACAUUAUUUCAGUGAUCUUAUGUAUGGUAUGAGCAGCUCUCAGCCACUUUUUAAUUAUUAUUAUUAUUAUUAUUAUAGUAAUAGCUCUCAAAAUAAAUAAGGUUAGUGAUCCUUACACUAUUUUGUGUGAAAUCAAGUUUUCUUUACAUGCAAGUUCUUAAAUGAAUCCCAUAAGCAUGUCCAAUCAUAUUGGCCAUUUCUUCUCAUUUGUUAAUUUCAGUCACACCCCCAGCAACAUCUCUGACUCCGACUGUGUAUUUAAAGCAGCUGCACUUCUGGUGUCUGCUCUAUAACACCAUGUUUGCUCUGGGUCUGCUCACUUGUAUUGUGCUCGGAGCACUCAGUGCUCAGGCAAAAGUAUCUAAUGACUUUGACUGUAAAGAGUUUUUCUACAAAGACAUAGAACCAACAGGAAUGGAUCAAAAUGCCAAGAAAAUCUGUCAGUGGACGUCAAAACCAAGUUAUUAUUACGCUACGCUGUACUCGGUUCAUCACAGGAUUCCUCUCUACAGCGCUUAUAGAUUUGACCCUGCAUGCUCAAGCGACAGUGGAAGUUCAAGCACCUGGCAUUUAGAGCCACAGAUUUCCCAACCUACAUCCCAAAUGUAUUACAUGGUCCGUGAGGAUCAAAAAACUCAAAAAAGUUAUAAAGAAAAUCAAGCCAUCAGCAGCGACUACACUGACUCCGGAUUUGAUCGUGGACACCUGUACCCCAACAGCUUCCAAUGCAGUGACGGCCGUACAGCAACAUUUACACUGACCAACGCUGCACCUAUGGACCGGUGUUUCAACCGUAUCCACUGGAAGGACUGGGAGAGCGCUUUGAGAAGUUUUUUAGAAGGCAAGCUUAAAAGUGGUGGUGCUUCUACAACAGCCUACAUUGUCACAGGAAUUGUACCCAGUGCAACUGAACGAAUACCACGCAGGGGAACCUCCGGAGACUCUGGAAGGGUGACCGUGCCCUCUCACAUCUGGACAGCCGUCUGCUAUAAACACAACAGUGAUGACACAAAGUCUUUCUCCUUCAGCUAUAUGGGGGAAAACAAGCCAGAGCCGGGCAUACGCCUGAUGAGUGUCUCGGACCUGAAUAAUCAGCUCAAAGGACUCUAUAGUGGGAACCCCAAAAUUAAGAUUUUUAAGGAUGAUUGUUUUGGUGACACUAAAUCAGAUGAGGUUAAGACCAAAUUUCAGAAAUUAAUGAGCUUGGAUGUGCCGAACACACUGAAAAGAACCAGCAGCAGCGACAGCCUAUCUUCUAAAACCAAUGUCAAGGUGAAGAAGAAUUAGCCUUUGACAAUUAAUACUAAUAUUUGACUUUGUAGGUUAGUAAGUACAAAUCACAAACAAUUUGCAGACUUUCUAGUAUAAGAAUGUCUUUAAUAUUUGCUUCUGAAAUUAAAUGUUUUUUUUCCCUGAUGAUUUGUAUCCAAAAACAAAAAUCUCAAUAAAAACAUUUAUGCAUCUAUAAAUAAUUAGCAAUUGUUUUUACACAAAGUAGUAACUUUGUUUUUAAUCAAAUCUGACAUUUAUGACUGUAGACUGUAGUGAAUGCACAUCAAAGCUUACAAAAUGCACAGCAAAUGCACAGACAUCUCCAUCCACUCCUCAGCAGAUGGCAGUCAGCCCAAGAAAUGUUCAUUCACAUUCACAUUAAUUAUGAAAAAAUGUUUGAAACUGUUCAAAAACAAUGUGCUUUAAACUUUAAAAUGUGUGACAAUGUAUUGGGGUGACAAACACGGUAAUCAAAGUAAUGUCUUUAUUAAAGAAAGUUUUUCCACAUACUUUUCAUUUACAACUUUAAAAAUAAAAACACCAAUACAGAAUAUUGUGUGAUUAAAAAAAAAAAAAAAAAACGUAUAAAAUACGUUAAAACAAAAAGGUCGAGAAAGUUAUGUUGGUUUCCCAAAAAAGGGUCAAAUGUUUUUCAACAGUAGAUGAAAUGAAUCACUGUUGUUAAACUGUCUUCCCAUUUUUAACAUUACGAUGUAAAAGCUCUGUAGAGUAAAUAGAGUAUCUUACACUGUUCUGAGAUGCACUGAUGACUAUGGCGAGUGGUUCGUGCCAUGGAUUACCUACCAAAGGAGAGUCGUGUACUUUUUACGUGUGAGAAGGGGUACGUCGCAACACAGACGCGUGACACCAAGGCCGUAGAGAAGUACGCCGCCACCACAAUAAAUUAAUAUCUUACCCUCAUGUGUUUUUUUCUAGGUUUUCUUAUAAACAAUAAACUCACAUAUUUUAUGUAUUAUAACAAAUGCCAGCAGCCUGACGAUUGUUGUUACACUUUACAUCACGAGCAAACCAUUGUUUAUCUAAUGUUUAAUUGCAUUUAAUCUGUAAUGUUUGGCCACAUAUUUAUGAUAGAAAUGCUACAGCCAACAGUUUAAAGUUUUAUUUUGAAACUUUAUUUGCAUAUUUAUAAAUAUAUUGAUGCAUUCUCAUAUGUUGCUGGCGCAUUUGUUUAAGUUGCUACAAAUAAUUUCAACAGCACAAGUUUUGUCCACAUUCCCAAAUGCAAGUUAUUGUGGAAAAAAAUUGGUUUUGCCACAAACUCAACUCUGUUGAACAGAACAGUACCAGAGGGUUAAAGGGAUAGAGAUGUUUAUGUUGUCCCAAACACACAUUUAUUUUUGUUUCUUCUUUGGAAAAUAAAAAUUAAAAGGAGACUUAUGGAAGACUUUUCCAUGUCCCUCAAAAAUAUGAUUAUUGAGAUUGCUUAAAAUAAACACAAUGGUUCAUUGCAGAGAAACUGUGAAAACUCUUGAAACCAUUAGUAUUUACUGUACAGCUCAGCUGUGCAUAUUUAUCUUUAUUUAAUUUUUUUCUUGUUUGCUCAACAUUUUGCUGUUUUUAAUCAUUAAUUGAAGACACUGUUUGUACUCUGCUUGCUCACGUUUAGGAAAACGGUGAAUGGUAAUGAUAGAUAUAAAUUGCUUUAUUAUAUGUUGUGGGGAGAGGUCCAUACUCUCUUAAGUUCAUCCUAAUUACUAAUUGAAUUGUUAGAAGUUUUGGGUUGUCAGAAUAGUAGCUGCAUAAAAAAUAUUAUGAAUAAAAUUCAGAGUAUGUUCAUAUUGUGAUCCAAUAUGUAGCGCCUGUGUACUCAAAUGCAAUACAUAAGCUAUUGGAGUUUUAGGUUCUCACGGAAUUCUAAAU